CCCCCCCAAAAAAAAAAGAAAUCCACACAGAGAAAAGCAAAAUAAUGCCUUGCGCUUUGGUGGUGCCGAACUCGCCGAUUUGUUCGCCGUCGCAAAUUCCCUCCCAUUUUUUCCGGUCGUCGGCUUUAGCUUCCCCUUCUGCCUGUUCUUUACCUAGAGUCCUCCAUGGCGCGCCUCCCACACCGUCGCGGUCGCCGGCUUUGACGACGCCGGCUUUUGAGUCUCGGUUUCAGAGGCAGGAGAUAAGCGAGUGCCAGAAGCAGGCUUCGGGUUUGGCUCUGAAGAGGAAGAGGCCGAGGAUGAUUGAUAUUCCGGUGGCGCCUUUGGUGAAUUUUAAGGUGGAGUCGAGUGAGGGUGCGGCGGAGAGAGUGGAGGUGCUGGAGGUUGAUGAGGAUGUGUAUUCGGUUUAUUGUAAGAGGGGGAGGAGAGGUCCAAUGGAGGAUCGUUACUCUGCCGUUGUCGAUCUUCACGAUGAUUCGAGACAGGCAUUCUUUGGUGUGUUUGAUGGGCAUGGAGGAGCAAAAGCAGCUGAAUUUGCAGGCAAGAACUUGACUAAAAACAUUGCGGAUCGUUUGACGGGUGAAAGUGAAGAGGAAAUCGUGGAAGCAGUCAAAGAUGGUUAUCUAACCACCGAUGUCGAGUUUCUGAAGGAGGAUGUUGCUGGCGGCGCAUGCUGUGUGACUGCCUUGAUACAAAAGGGUAACCUUGUGGUGUCCAGUGCCGGUGACUGUCGUGCUGUUAUGAGCCGAGGAGGGGUUGCCGAGGCCCUUACAUCCGAUCAUCAUCCUUCAAGAAUAGAUGAAAGGGAAAGGAUUGAGACCACGGGUGGUUAUGUAGAUUGUUGCCGCGGUGUUUGGAGAAUUCAGGGAUCUCUUGCUGCUUCGAGAUCAAUUGGAGAUAGACAGCUUAAAGAAUGGGUGAUAGCAGAACCAGAGACUAAAGUCUUGAGAAUAGACCCCGAAUGCGAGUUUUUAAUGUUAGCUUCUGAUGGCCUUUGGGACAAGGUUACUAAUCAAGAGGCGGUAGAUAUAGUUCGCCCUUUAUGCGUUGGUGUUGAUAAGCCGGAGCUCUUUUCUGCUUGCAAGAAGCUCGUUGAUCUGUCAAUAACGAGAGGUUCCAUGGAUGAUACAAGUGUGAUGAUAGUCCAAUUAGGUCGUUUCGUUUUAUGAUAAUUGACCUUUUUCUUGCACUGCAAGUAAAGUUUUGAAGAAAGUUGCAGAAAGGAAGGCAGGAGGACAAUUCUUCUGGGAUUUGGUACCAAAGUAAGUUCCUUUAUAUCAAUGGUAGAAAACGAAUGCAGGAAAGCCAUGGUGCAGAAAAGCAACAAUCGUAGGAUCAAUUGUAAAUGAAAAUUUGUAUGCUCGCCGGAGAUUUUGUCUCGGCUGUAGGAAGAGGGUACUAGAAGCACGUUACACGUUACGAUAAUUGUAAUUUUUCCAAAUUUAUAAUAAAUGAUCAAAUGCUUACCCUUUAAGCUCAGUUU